AUGGCAGCUAAAGAGGAACUGUACGCCAAAGUGACCCCGCGGAGACAGCGCCAGACUCGGCCGAACACCAUCAAGCAUGGGUCCACUCUGGACGUGCUGCUGUCCAUGGGCUUCCCCAAGACCAGGGCCCUAAAAGCUCUGGUUUCGACGGGAGGCAAAAACGUCCAGGCUGCUUGUGACUGGCUCUUCUCCCAUGUCGAUGACCCCUUCCUGGAUGAUCCCCUACCCAGAGAGUAUGUGUUAUAUCUGCGACCCAGUGGGCCACUGCUCCAGCAGCUCACGCACUUCUGGAAGCAGUCCCGCCUCUCUUGUGGCAAAAACAAGGCACACAACAUCUUCCCCCACAUCACCCUCUGCCAGUUCUUCAUGUGUACCGAUGCGAAGGUGGAGGCUCUGUCCGACGCUCUCCAGACCACCGUGACCAAAUGGAAAGGUCGCAUACCCAUGCCCCUCCCUCUGGAGCUCUACAUCUCCUCAACUUUCAUUGGCCUCUUUGUUGAGGAAAAGAUGGCAGAGGUUCUGAAGAGUUUUGCUGCUGACUUUGCCAGUGAAGCCACAUCAAAAGCAGAUGUUCAUGUUGAGCCCCAUAAGAAACAGCUUCAUGUCACUUUGUCAUACCACUUUCAAGCCAGUAGCCUUCCGGUUUUGGAGAAGUUAGCCAAAAAUGUGGAUGUGUCUUCAGGCUGUGACUGGCUGGCUGUGCUCUUCUCCAGGGAUAUUCGGUUUGCUAAUCACGAGACACUGCAAGUCAUGUACCCGUACGUGCCUCAGAAUGAUGAUGAGCUCGAGCUAUUGCAAGGAGACUUCAUUUUCAUGUCUCCAAUGGAGCAGAGCACCGCCAGCGAAGGCUGGGUAUACGGCACUUCGCUGGGUACAGGGCUGUCCGGCCUCCUCCCUGAGAACUACGUCAGCCGUGCCGAUGAGUCUGAUACAUGGGUCGUCCAUGGGUCUUACUCCUUUCUCAACUGUGCCUCUCCAUUGAACUCCGGCAGCACUGUUGGUGGGUUACUUUUUGAUGGACAGCAAAAUGACAGUCUACUUGACAGCCUUGUGGAUCUUCCCAGCCUCCCUGGCCUCUGUCUUCCUAUGCAGGUGUCAAGACCGGCUAGUCAGGCCUCCCUGUCCAAGAUGAGGCUGUUUGUGUGUCGCCAUGGGGAGAGGAUGGAUGUGGUGUUUGGCAAACACUGGGUCACUCAGUGCUUUGACUCCAAAGGCAGAUACAUUCGCGCUAAUCUCAACAUGCCAACCAGUCUACCAGCUCGAAGUGGAGGGCACCGGGACUUUGAUAAGGAUUGUCCAAUUACUGUCUUUGGCACCAUGCAGGCCCGCCUUGUAGGGGAAGCCCUGUUAGAAAGCCAUACAACAGUAGACUUUGUUUACUGCUCUCCUUCUCUUCGCUGCAUCCAGACUGCUCAGCAUAUUCUUCAAGGUCUCCAGCAGGACGGAAAGACAAAAAUCCGUGUGGAGCCUGGAUUGUUUGAAUGGACAAAGUGGGUUUCAGGAACAUGUUUACCUACCUGGAUCCCUCCUGCUGAGCUGGCUACUGCUAACCUGAGUGUGGACACAACAUACAGACCUCAUAUUCCCAUAAGUAAAUUGACAGUGUCAGAGUCCUACGACACGUACAUCAGCAGGAGCUUCCAGGUGACCCGAGAGAUCCUGACAGAGUGCAAAAACUUGGGAAACACAGUCCUGUUUGUGGCCCAUGCUUCCUCCCUGGAGGCUUGCACUCGCCAGAUACAAGGCCUCAACCCCCAAAACUCCAAGGACUUCGUCCAAGUUGUCCGAAAGAUUCCUUACUUGGGAUUUUGUGCUUGUGAAGAAAUGGGAGAGACCGGGGUGUGGCAGCUGGUCGACCCACCGAUUCUGCCUCUGACACAUGGGCCCAAUCACAGUUUCAACUGGAGGGAAAUGCUAUUACAAGACUGAAGGAUAUGCUCUUUGGCGCUACCUUGAACUGCUGAAUAAAAGUGGCUUCCAUCAAAGACAUCAUGCAAAAAAACAAAACAAAAAACAACAAAAAAAAAAACAAGUGCAUAAAUGAAGGCAAAUGUAUUCAAACACACUGCUCAGGAACGGAAAUGCACAGUUUAUGAAAAAAUGAGCUAAAGUUUGGGUGGCACUUGGCUGCAUUAUACUCAGUGUUAUACUUCUUGACCCAAAAGGGAGAGGUGCUACGAGGGAUGUAGAGGUUUGUUGAUGGUUGCCGAUGAAUCAGGUUUUAUGCCAUGAGAGGGUGUCUCAUCAAACUCUGUCUGUGGGCCCUUCUUUGGCAGAGAGGGGAAGGGGUGAUGACUUUGCGUUCUGCUGCCUUCUCACACACUGUGACCAGAAUUAGUUGAGAAAGACUUGUGUAUCACACAACUAUUUUUCCAUGGGUCAGAAAUAACUAUUUAACUUGUAGCUAUGACCCUCCGGUGAAGAAAAGCACAAAAGAAAUGUUGACAAUCAGACAGGGGACAACUGAUCUUCAUCGUUUUUGGUGCUGAGGUGGGUAGCUUAUUAUAGUUUCUAUUCCUGUAAAUGUCAUAUCAUUUUCUCUUAUGUCAACAUUUAUCUGCCCACAUGACUCAUUUAGCCUUACUGUAAGCCAUGGCCCACAGGAUUUAUCUGGAGACAACCAAGUCAGUACGACAAAGAAAAUUUAUAUGAUAAUAUACAGAAUGUUGUUGUGUUGUUAUUUUUUUUUUAUCGACUAAGACUUUUGCUUGCUUUUCAUGACCCGCCACUCUGUAAGCCUGAUAACCACAGUACUUUUCAGCAACAUGAUGAAUUUCAUUUAUUUUUGGGUUACAUCAGAUGAUCUAAGUGCUUACUGCUUAUACCAGUUAUUUGCUGUAUGAGUGUGAAAAUCCACAGAUACUCUACAAAUUAAUAAAACAAGGUUGUGGAGCUAUGAA